UUGACACAUUCAUUUAGUGUGAAUGCCAUAUUACAAAACAAAAGAAAACAGCAAGCGCAUUACAAGAAAAAAAAUUAGCUUUAUAUUACACAGUUAUGGUUCAAAAUGUCUAGUUCCUGAGCUUGGUAAUAGACCUUGUGUGAAAAGUAAUGCUAACUAUUCUAGCAUUAUGUGAAAGAUUUCCAGUCAGACAAGUUUCUGUGCCUUUGCAAAUUCCCAGAAAACAACCUACAAAGGGUGGAGAUGAAUGAAAUCUCAUAGUACUUUAGUGUAAAGUGUGGUAGAGACCUUUGUUCUAAAACACUAGUUCUUUACUGCCUGUUCUGAAGGUGUCAGGUAACUCUAGAUAAAAUAAAGCAUUUAUGUGCUUAAGUUACAGCUUCAAAUAUCAACUGAAAGUAGGGUACAGUUCAUGCUAGGUCAUUCAUUAACAAUAGACAGAGCUAAAAAGAUUAGACUUGUUAGACUUAAUCCAACUUCUUGUUCUCAGAUAUUCUUCAGAGACUUAGCGGAUGUUUCGUUUGACAAAAUGCUAAAGAACAGAUGUUUUUUGCCAAUUUUGCUGUUGAGUUUGCCUGAACUAGCUCUAGGUGGCAACAUACUAGUGCUUCCUGGUGAAUACAGUCACUGGCACAAUAUGCGUGUAAUCGUCGAGGAGCUCAUGAAUCGCAGCCAUAGUGUGACCGUUCUCACGCACUCUGCCUCACCUACUGUGAAACAUCCAGAAGUGGAGCAGUUCAACUACAAGUCUUUUCAAGUCAACUUAAAUCAAGAGGAGGCAGAGAGCGUUACGCAAAACCUAAUCAAUUUCUGGCUGGAUCAAAACACCACAAGUUUUCAGAAACUGGCUUUGUUUUGGAACGUGAUGUCCGGGAUGGAGCGUGUUAUACAGGCUGUGUGUGACGGAAUGUUUAACGGUGAUCUCGUGACUUUUCUGAAGAAUUCACACUUCGACGUGCUUCUCUACGACCCCAUGAUGCCCUGUGCAGACUUGCUGGCAGACACUCUUGAGUUGCCCCUCGUGUUGUCUUUCCGGAUGAGUUUUGCUUAUUCUCUCGAGCGCCUCUGUGGGCAGAUGCCUGCUCCUCCGUCUUAUGUACCUGCCGCUGCCGCUCAAUGGCAUCUCACUGAUCGCAUGGACUUUACUAAGAGAUUAGAGAACAUGUUACUAUACAUAGGAUACACAGCAAUGAUCAGGCUCCAAACAAUGAUGACCUUUGAUAAACAGUACACUAAAAUUGCUGGCAAACCUACUACACUUUGUGAAACUAUGGGCAAAGCUGACAUCUGGUUAAUCCGCACUUAUUGGGACUUUGAAUAUCCUCGGCCACUCCUCCCCAACUUCAAAUUCGUGGGCGGAUUACACUGCAAGCCUGCAAAACCUCUACCAAAAGACAUGGAGGACUUUGUCCAGAGUUCAGGAGAUGAUGGUAUUGUGGUGUUUUCACUGGGCUCCAUGAUAAGAAACCUCACCAAAGAGAGAGCGAACACCAUUGCUGCAGCACUCGGCCAGAUCCCCCAAAAGGUGUUGUGGCGAUAUACAGGCGAGAAACCAGAAACUCUUUCUCCUAAUACACGACUCUAUGACUGGAUUCCUCAGAAUGAUUUAUUAGGACAUCCUAAAACCAAGGCCUUCAUCACCCAUGGUGGGACCAAUGGAAUAUAUGAAGCUAUUUAUCAUGGAGUUCCCAUGGUGGGAAUACCGCUAUUUGCUGAUCAGCCUGACAAUCUAAAUCACAUUAAAACCAGAGGAGCUGCGGUUAUGCUUGACUUCAACAAAAUGGAGACCAAGGACUUAAAGCAGGCUCUCAAUUAUGUCAUCAACAAUCCAUCCUACAAGGAGAGCAUGAUGAAGCUAUCCCGAAUCCACCACGAUCAACCAAUGAAGCCGCUAGACCAGGCCGUCUACUGGAUCGAGUUUGUAAUGCGCAAUAAGGGGGCCAAGCACCUGAGGGUUGAAGCCCAUAACCUCACGUGGUAUCAGUACCACUGCUUGGACGUGAUAGCCUUUUUGAUUUUUGUAAUUGCUCUGGUCGUGUUCAUCUUUGUAAAAACAUGCAGUUGGCUCUUCCGUAAAUGUUUCAGAAAGACCCCGACAAGAAAGAGCAAGAAAGAGUAAAGCAUGUGUAUAUAAAUACGGCAAUAAUUGCGGUGAUCAUUUGAUUUAAUUUUUAGGAAUAAAUGAAAUUAACACUGUGGGUUAUAUGUUCUUCUUCUUCUUCUUUCGGCUGCUCCCAUUAGGGGUCGCCACAGCUGAUCAUCCAUCUCCAUACCACCCUGU